UAGGAGCGAGGACAAGAUGGUUGAGCUCUUGGUCUGUCUUCUUCUCUGCAACUCCUAUGUGACCAAAUCAUCUGAGAUUUCUCAGCCUGCUCCAUUCAUAGCAGCAAAGUUGGGGGACAACGUGACAGUUGAAUGCCAUGUAACCAGUAAGGUUGAUCACAUGGUGUGGUACAAGAUGACCACUGGCAAGAAACUACAGUGUGUGGCAAAGGCAGAGAUCUUUUACAAACAUGCACAUUAUUUUGGUAACUUUAGAAAUGGGCGUUUUGGUAUAUUGAUAGAAGUAGGGAUAUUUCACCUAAAUAUAUCUUCAACAAUGCAAGAGGACAUUGGGAUGUACUACUGUGGAGUUUUGCACUUAAACUUCAUAGAGUUUGGACCUGGAACCACCUUGAUGCUUAAAGGGGAAGAGUUGAAUAGUAAAACUGUUGUCCAGCAGCCUGCGUCUGAGUCAGCCCAGCCAGGAGACUCUGUGUCUCUGAACUGUACAAUACACACUGAGACCUGUGCAGGAGAACACAGUGUCUAUUGGUUCAGACAUGGCUCAGGAGAAUCCCGUCCAGGAAUUAUUUCCACCCAUGGAGACAGGAGUGAUCAGUGUGAGAAGAGCCCUGAGGCUGGGUCUCCUACACAGAGAUGUGUCUACAACCUCCCCAAGAGGAACCUCAGCCUCUCUGAUGCUGGGACUUACUACUGUGCUGUGGCCUCAUGUGGGGAGAUACUGUUUGGGAACGGGACCAAGCUGGACAUUCAAGUUCCAGAACAUGAUUCUCCAUUUGAUAUGAGUCCUACUGUUCUGUCGUUGGUCGUCUCUAACAUCGUUCUGGGGAUAGUGUCCCUUCUACUUGUCUGGGCGCUGUGCAAGACUCUGAACAGAGAUAGCAGAGGGAGGACAGAUGUCCCAACGUCCCACGGCAAUCAGAAUCAAGACAGUGACGUGUUGAACUAUGCAGCUGUCAGUUUCACCCCCAAGAAGAAGUCCUCCUCUAGAAGAGCAAGAGAGAAGACCAGCAGAGAGGAUGCAGUGUACUCUGAUGUCAGGCAUUUGCAGUGAAAGAUGUCACCACUGUCAC